AGGCAUUCAGUUGUGAGUGGGUGGGGAAGCGCAUUAUUCGUCCGUAAAUUUACAACAAGAUGGUUGAAGAAGAAAAUCACAGAGUGACGGAGGAGGACUCUGGUAACACAGACUCGAUUGAUGAAUCACAGAAGGUUUACGGUCAAGAAGACCAAGAUGAAGAGGCCGAAACACAUCCCCCAGUUGAAGAGAGUGAUUCCUCCGAAGAUGAGGUUGGUCCUCGAAAUACAAUUGGUGAUGUUCCACUGAAGUGGUAUGAAGAUGAGGAACAUAUUGGAUAUGACAUUACUGGAAAGAAGAUUAAAAAACAGGCAAGGAAAGAUAAGCUAGAGUCAUUUUUGGCUGGGGUUGACAACUCGAAAAAUUGGCGCAAACUUUAUGACGAGUACAAUGAUGAGGAGGUGCAUCUGACGAAAGAGGAGACAAAAAUUAUCCGUAGAUUGCUGAAAGGAAAAACUCCACAUGCUGAUGUUGAUCCAUAUGCACCUUAUGUGGACUGGUUUAAGUGGGAUGAUGCUAAGCACCCGCUGUCUAAUGCGCCGGAGCCGAAAAGGCGAUUCAUUCCUUCAAAAUGGGAGAGCAAAAAGGUUGUUCAGUAUGUCCGGGCUAUUCGAAAGGGUUUGAUAAAGUUUGACAAGCCAAAGGAAGAAUCACGGCAUUAUUUAUUGUGGGGCGACGAUUCCAGCUCAACUGAAAAAGCUGGAGGACUAAGCUAUAUUCCUGCACCAAAACCAAAAUUGGCAGGCCAUGAGGAAUCAUACAAUCCUUCGGUUGAGUACAUACCUACCCAAGAAGAGAUCAAUUCUUACCAGCUGAUGUAUGAGGAAGACCGUCCUAAAUUUAUUCCAAGAAGGUUUGAUGCUCUGAGAAGUGUUCCAGCCUAUGAGAAUGCUUUGAAAGAAUCAUUUGAUCGUUGUUUGGACCUGUACUUGUGCCCUAGAACCAGAAAGAAACGUAUUAACAUUGAUCCUGAGUCCCUGAAGCCCAAACUACCAAGUCGGAAAGAUCUAAGGCCUUACCCGACAAACUGUUAUCUUGAGUACAGAGGGCACAAGGAUGCUGUUCUGUCAAUUUCCAUGGAACCAUUGGGGCAAUGGAUGGCUUCUGGUUCAACUGAUGGAACUGUACGUGUUUGGGAGAUUGAGACUGGUCGAUGCCUUAAAGUCUGGGACAUUGGUGAAGCAGUUCAGUGCGUUGAUUGGAAUCCUUUGCCUGAGCUUCCCAUUCUUGCAGUUUCAGUGGGGCAGGAUGUGCUAAUUUUGGACACUGGACUUGGAAAUGAAGAAGAACAGCAUAAGUUAAAGGAACUGUUGCAUGUUGAGGCUCCUGCUACUCCAGAUGAUUCUGGACAUACCACAACCACUGUUAGCUGGCUUCAACAUGAGAAACAUGACGGCAUCAGGUUGAAGCAUGCUAAGACGGUAUCCUCAAUUGCAUGGCAUCGGAGGGGAGACUACAUAUCUACAGUCAUGCCAAGUGGUGAUUCAAGAGCAAUAAUGAUACACCAACUAUCAAAGAAACUCUCACAAAAUAUUCCUUUUAAGUUGCAUGGGCUUCCUGUUACAUCAGCUUUCCAUCCAUCUCGUUCCAUCUUCUUCAUAGCAACAAAGAAAAAUGUUCGUGUUUAUGAUUUGUUGAAGCACAAGCUUAUUAAGAAGCUUGAGACAGGACUUCGUGAGGUCUCCUCCAUUGCUAUUCAUCCUGCAGGUGAUAAUGUCAUUGUGGGGAGCCGAGAAGGAAAACUUUGUUGGUUUGACAUGGAUCUGUCAUCUCAACCAUACAGAACUCUCAAGUGCCACCCAAAGGACAUCACAAAUGUUGCCUUCCAUCGUUCAUACCCUCUUUUUGCUUCAUGUUCUGAUGACUGCACAGCAUAUGUCUUCCAUGGCAUGGUUUAUUCAGAUCUCAACCAAAAUCCUCUUAUUGUGCCAUUAGAAAUUCUUCGAGGGCAUUCCAGUACGAAUGGAAGAGGGGUUUUGGAUUGCAAGUUCCAUCCAAGGCAACCGUGGUUAUUCACAGCUGGUUCUGAUUCAGUAAUCAAGCUUUACUGCCAUUAAGAAGCAGGACCUACAAAAUAAAAGAGUGAUAAAAGGAUAUGGUCAUAUGAAGAGGACGAUUGAAUUAUUUUCAUCCCAUUUUAUCAGAUCUUACAAAUUUGGCAGCAGCAGAAACAGCAACAGCGCAUCUUGUGUGGG